CGUGAUAUAAAAAUCAACUAACUGUAUUUAAUUGAGUAUAAACUGCACUUAUAAAUAAACGUUGUGAAGGAUGACAAUGGGCGAUGAGACUCCAGUUACAUCACUGGUUUUUCCUGUCAUUCUGAGACCAAUACUGAUGAAGCUGGAGAGGCAAAAUGUAUUGGCUGCUCAGACUUUACGUACAGCUUUGUUAAAAGCUGAAAAUUCUCAUCCAGGAAUUACGCUUGACUUAAUUCUUGGCAUAAUACAAAGAGCAGAACUUAAUUUGGAUAUGAAUGAAAGUGUUUUAAGAUUGCAAGGUGCAGCUUCUGAUUAUGAUGUUGUAGAAUAUAGAUCAGCUAGAUCCGAGGAUGCUUUCCAAGAAUUGAAUCGUAAAUCAACUUCAUUAAAGAGAAUACUUAGUAGAAUUCCUGAUGAAAUAACAGAUCGUAAAACUUUCCUUGAAACUAUCAAAGAAAUUGCAAGUGCAAUAAAAAAACUUUUAGAUGCAGUAAAUGAAGUAACUGCAUUUAUAAGUGGCUCUGCAGGGAAACAAGCAUUAGAUCAAAGGAAAAGAGAAUUUGUUAAGUACAGUAAAAGGUUUAGCAAUACAUUGAAAGAAUACUUUAAAGAAGGGCAAGCAAAUGCAGUAUUUGUGAGUGCACUUUAUUUAAUACACCAAACAAAUAUGAUUAUGCUCACAGUAAAAGAUAAAUGUGAGUAAAUGAACACUCUGUUUUACAAUAAUGAAGCUAUUCACAGCAAUUACAAAAUUCGUAAUAUUUUGAUUUUAUUCAUUUUGUUAUGUAUCUGAUGAUAAGAUUUGAAUGCCAUUGAAUAUAAUAUAUACAUAUAUAUAUAUAUAUAUAUAGUAUUAUUUUGUAUGUAUUAAUUGUUAUAAAAUAAUAACACAUAGAAGAAUCCAUAGACAGUGAACAAAAUUCAAAGAAACCCUUCUGUCCAAAAUGAAUAAUAAAUAAAGAAAAACAUUGUUUAUCAAAGAUAAUGGACAUUCAAAAUAAGGGAGUCAUUUCUCCAAAUGUAUAAGAAAUAAAAAUUACUUUAUUGAUAACAAAUGUA